AUGGCGUCGAUUCGGAUGCCCCGCGAUGAUGAGGAGGCGCUAUUGCCCGACUAUGAAGAUGCCGGGAACACCCGCACAGCCCAACCGACCCAAGCCCAGCGUCCCCACUUCUGGCCCAAGGACAUCGAGGGGAUGAACCCCGACGCGAAGGAGGGCAGCGUCAACUCGGCCCACGUCCAUAUUCGCAUGGCAUUCCUGCGCAAGGUGUUCGGCAUCCUUUCCUUCCAAAUCGUGCUCACCACCGCCAUCUGCGCCGCCAUCUACAUGACGCCCGGAGUCAAGGGAUUCGUGCAGAAUAACGGCUGGGUGCUGCUGAUGACCCUGUUCGGCUCGAUCGGCCUGAUCAUCGCCAUGCACAUCCACGCCCGAAACGUCCCCACAAACUACAUCCUCCUCGCCUCGUUCACCGUCGUGCAGGCGUUGACGCUGGGGACACUCGUGUCCCUCUUCGAGGUCGACGUCAUCCUUGAAGCGGCGCUGCUGACGACAGUAAUCGUCUUCUCGUUGUUCGUCUACACGCUGCAGUCGAAGAAGGACUUUGUCAAGCACUACGCCAUCGCCUACUCGUUCCUCGGUAUUUUGCUGAUGGCCAGCGUCUUCCAGAUCUUCUUCCACUCGCCCGCCUUCAACUUCUUCGUCAACGUCGGCGGGGCGGCGCUGUUCUGCCUGUUCUUGAUGAUCGACCUCGACCUGAUCAUGAACCACAUGAAUGCCGAGGACUACAUCCUCGCGUGCAUCACGCUCUACAUGGACGUCAUCAACCUGUUCAUCCGAAUUCUGCAGCUCGUCGCCGAAGCGCAGCGACAG